AUUUUUCGCUUUCAUAUCACGCCAAAUCAAUCCCUCUCAUUUACAUUUUCUUACAUCUCAGGCGCAGAAUCCAUAACUUUGCAGAUUAAUUUUCCUGUUUUGCACACCUCUGUAAUAUAUAGCCGGAGGGAAAAACUUCUACUGCCGUUUCUCAAUUUCAGGCAGUUAAGAUGUCAACGCCAGCUAGGAAGCGAUUGAUGAGAGAUUUCAAGCGGUUGCAGCAUGAUCCUCCCGCUGGCAUCAGCGGGGCUCCAUAUGAUAAUAACAUUAUGCUCUGGAAUGCAGUAAUAUUUGGCCCAGAUGAUACUCCUUGGGAUGGAGGCACGUUUAAGCUGACUCUUCAGUUCAGUGAGGAUUACCCAAAUAAGCCCCCAACUGUUCGAUUUAUAUCCCGAAUGUUUCAUCCCAAUAUUUAUGCAGAUGGAAGCAUUUGCUUGGAUAUUUUGCAAAAUCAGUGGAGUCCUAUAUAUGAUGUAGCUGCUAUACUUACAUCUAUCCAGUCGUUGCUUUGCGAUCCGAAUCCAAAUUCACCUGCAAACUCUGAAGCUGCAAGGUUGUUUAGUGAGAACAAACGUGAAUACAACAGGAAGGUGCGAGAAAUUGUUGAACAGAGUUGGACAGCUGACUAACCGCACUAUCUGAAGUGUGUAUUACAGGUGAUGGUAAUUGAUGAGCUCAGUUUCCAAUCCCCUCUCUCCUGGCAGAUGACAUGAAAUGUCUGUUUUACUGCAAUUCUAAGAUAGCAACUUCCAUAACUGGAAAAAUUGUUGUUAUGAAUGAUUGUUUUAAAUCUAUUUUCAGGACUAUGAAUUGUCUCUAUCUUUGUUCUGAUGCUCCAGGAGCAUUUAUGUACAUAAACAUAUCUUGUAUUGUAUUUGCAUGGGACAACUUGGAACUAUAAGUUUGCCCAUUAAUUUUCUCAGAUUCCAGUUAAAUGGUGGAAUGAUUGAUAGAAAA